GUUAAAUAAGGUUUAAUAAUGUUUGCUGCAUAUCAUAAAGUUUUGAUUAAAAGGCCAAUAUUGGUUCAAAGUAUAUCAACGGCUGCUUUAUUUGGUGCAGGAGAUGUAAUUGCUCAGCAAUUAGUUGAAAAAAAAGGAUGGAAAAGUCAUGAUUACAUGCGAACAAUGAGAAUGUCCGCUUUUGGUGGUCUAUUUGCUGGACCUAUUUUAAGUCAUUGGUAUCGUUAUGUCGAUAAAAAAGUCAAUAUGAGAAACAACAAAGCUUUUCAAGCUGGUAAAAUUAUAAGUAUUAUCCUUCCCAAAUGAUGACUGAUUCAUCUAUAAAAGCAUUUUUUACUGGACAAGGAUUAUUCGAAGGCAAAUCAUUCAAUCAAAUUAAAGAAAAAUUAUCUAAUGGAUAUAAACCUGCUUUAAUUGGAAAUUAUAAGGUAAAUAAUAAAUUUGUAGAGUAGUGUCCAUCAUUCUGCUUGUUUAAUAAAAUAAAAAAAUAAUAAAAUAAAAUAAUAGAUUUGGCCUGCAGUUCAGUUUAUCAACUUUUAUUUUACA